CAAUAUAUAGUCCAAUCUAGAGUAUGUCCUAUAUACACUAGAGAAAAAAGUGUAAUCUCUAUCUCUCGUGUUGACAAUUCUCCAGCUAUCCACCAGCUGGCACUCUUUCAUCACCUUUUCAAUAAUCCCAUGGACCUAUUUCCCCCUCUCUGCACUACAGAUGUUGUCUCUAUUUGUGGGUCCAUACAUAUGUUAAAGUCUCCCGCCACUAUUAAAUAUCCCUUUCCAAAGUCCAUCAAUCUUCUCAUAACCCCUUUCAAAAACAUAUCCGGCUUCCUAUUAGGGCAAUAUAUGUUUGCGAGCGUACAUUCUAUGUCCUGUAGUUUACCUUUCAAGAACAAAAACCUCCCCUCCCGGGUCUGUCUUUCUAUCUUCCAAUUCAAACCUAACGUUUUUUACAAAUCCUAUAGCCACGCCCUUCGCUCUCUUAACUGGGGAAUCUGCAUAAUACCAUGUCGGGUGUUGCCUAGAGUUCAGCUUAAUAUCAUAUUUUUUUUUUUAACUCUAGAUGUGUUUCCUGCAAAAAGACAACUGAGGCCUCUCUAUGUUGUAAUUCUCUAUAUAGUCUAAAUCUUUUACCUGAGCAAUUUAAUCCAUUUACAUUAUGGGUUACAAACCG